CAAAUGGCAAACGUCGUUGUUAAACGCGUCGUCGAGUUGCGAGUUACGAGUUACGAGUUUGACCAGUUUUCAACAAGAAAACAUAAAGGUUUUCGAGAUUUUUCACAACGGUUCACAUAGUCAGUACACAUUGUCCAGUCUUGACAUAAUGACGCUCUCCAAACACCAUCCUCUACUUCUUAUGGUGGCACUGCUCCUAACAGUAUUGAGUGCCGCCCAUCUGAUUGUGGCCCAAGAGUUUCUGGAGCUAGAGGAAACACCAUCGGCUGUGUCUGGGCCAGAGCUAAGUGAUCCUUCAGAUCUAAGUGCUGGCCUCAAUUUGGUGCCUGUGACAAAUUUAAUUGCCGCUGCUGCCAAUGCCGUGCCCCCUGCCCCGGUUCAAUUUGUACGCAAUGCCAUGAAUAGCGGUCUAUGAGAAGCAGAUGAAGAAGAAGAAGAAGUGCCUGAAGUUCACUUGAGUUGAGUUCAUAUUUCUUGUCGUUGUUGUUGUUGUUGUUAUGUGAG